GUCAUAGUCAGUGCUAAGGAUGCAAUACAUAGCCUCUGUCCACAACAUCUAGGUAGGUUAGAGACACAGGGCACAUUUUUUUUUUUUAAUUAACAAUACAAAGUAGACGAUUUUUAUGUAAAUAAUACAGAUGCAUGGUAUGGGAAUUCAAAGGAAAAAAGAAUCACAGAGUUAUAAAAAAAUGUUUUUAGAUUACAAAUGGCAGUUCAGAAAGGAAAGGAGAAUUUACGAACGUCACAAAGUUAGUUUGGAAUGAGCUAGGGGUAAAAUCUAGGUCUCCCGAUUCAUACCGUAAAACUGUUUCAUGAAACACUGCCAUGAUACUAAUAAUGAAAAGAAUCAUUAACAAUAGCAGUAGCUAACAUUUAAAAGGCACAUUUUACAUGCACUGCCUUAUUAAAUCCUCACAAUAAUCCUUGGAGGGGGUACUAUACAUUUCCCCAUAGUUUUAUUUCUCAUUUUACAAAUGUGAAAAUUGAGGCACAGAAAGGAUAAGUAGCUUGCCCAAUGUCCUUCACCCAGAAGAUGGCUGACUCAGGACUUAAACCAAAGUUUCUAACCAAUUGUACUGGAGAACUGAAGGGGAGAGUCCGGCAGCGUAGCCAGAAGCAAGGGGCACGACAGGCCAAAUCACAGUGGUGGGAACAGACAUUUAUGGAAAAUGAAUAGGCUGCUUUCACUGGAAGGGGAGAUUCAAGUAGAGGAGUUAGCAGGUAACAGAACAGAGCAGCAUAAGGCCGAAUGAAAGAGACCUGAAUGCCAAGCCAGGGAGUAAGUAUUCUGUUGGUGUGUUGUUUGGUGAGGAAGAAGGUAGGGGCAGAAGAUGGGAGCUUGAUAAUUCUACGGUUGUAUUUUUUAAGACUAAUCUGGUCAUAGAUAGAAUGAAGAGGGAGAGUUCAGUGGCAGGGAGACCAGUCAGUGGCUGCCUGCAACAGCUCUGAAGAAGGAUGGGGUAUUUUUCAGGUGCUCCCCAAUUUCCAAGGGUCAUGCAGCCAUCAGUCCACUUCCCAAUCUCACAGUGAGGGUCAGGAGAGACUGACAUUCUUCCCCCAUCUCUCCCCACAGGCUGUGGUACUCCCACGUCCGUAUCGGUAGACAAAACUCCUGGAAAAUCAUGAAGAUUUUAUUUCGCUCCCAGACAUUCAGAUUCCUCUGGCUUGCCAAGCCACCUGGCCAGCACUUUCACAAAGAUUACCAGCUUUGGGCACCUCUGACUCUUGAUGACUUUGAAGCCAUAAAUCGCUGUGAGAGGACGUUGCCUAAGAACUUUAACUUUGCUGGGGAUGUGCUGGACCAGUGGUUCCAAAAGGAGAAGAAAGGAGAGAGACCUGCCAGCCCAGCCCUGUGGUGGGUGAACAGCAAAGGGGAUGAAGUGAAAUGGAGCUUUGGAGAACUGAGCUCCUUGUCUCGAAAGGCUGCCAACAUGCUCACCAAGCCCUGCGGCCUGCAGAGAGGAGAUGGAGUGGCUGUGAUCCUGCCCCGGAUCCCAGAGUGGUGGCUCAUAAAUGUGGCUUGUAUGCGAACAGGACUUGUCUUCAUGCCAGGAACAACUCAGAUGAUGGCAAAAGACAUUGUCUACCGACUGCAAGCACCCAAGGCCAGGUGCAUGGUAGCCAGUGAGGAGGUGGCCCUGGUGGUGGAGUCCAUUGUGUCGGACUGCCCCGACUUGAAGACCAAACUCCUGGUGUGUCUGCACAGCAGGAAUGGGUGGCUCAACUUCGAGGAGUUAUUUCAAUUUGCCUCGGAAGAGCACAGCUGUGUGGAGACAGGAAGUCAAGAACCAAUGGCUAUUUAUUUCACCAGUGGGACCACAGGCUCUCCCAAGAUGGCCCAACACUCUCAGAGCAGCCUCGGCAUUGGGUACACCCUCUGUGGGAGGUAUUGGCUGGACUUGAAAUCCUCAGAUAUCAUAUGGAACAUGUCUGACACGGGCUGGAUCAAAGCUGCCACUGGCAGUAUGUUUUCUUCCUGGCUUCAGGGAGCCUGCGUUUUUGUGCAUCAGAUGGCCCAGUUUGACACAGACACCUUCCUAGAUACGCUGACCACUCACCCCAUCACGACACUGUGCAGUGCUCCCAUCAUGUACCGAAUGCUUGUGCAAAAAGACCUCAAGAUAUAUAAAUUCAAGAAGCUGCGGCACUGUUUGACAGGAGGGGAGCCGCUCAACCCGGAGGUGCUGGAGCAGUGGAAGGCACAAACUGGGCUGGAGCUGUACGAGGGCUACAGACAGACAGAAGUUACGUCUUCUCAAUAGGGCAUCAUUUGUGCCAAUCAGAAAGGACAAGAAAUUAAGCCAGGCUCGAUGGAAGGCGUACUACCCUACGAUGUCCAGAUUAUAGAUGAAAAUGACAAUAUCCUACCACCUGGCAAAGAAGGAGAAAUUGCCCUCAGACUAAAGUCUACACGGCCCUUCUGCUGCUUCUCUGAAUAUGUGGACAAUCCAGAGAAAACUGCCGCCACGAUGAGAGGAAAUUUUUACGUCACUGGAGACAGAGGAGUGAUGGACAGUGAUGGGUAUUUCUGGUUUGUCGGCAGAGCUGAUGAUGUCAUUAUGUCCUCUGGGUUUGUAGAUUUACCACACUCAGCAAGUAAAACUUUGCCAAAGAGAGUCUCCUCCUUUGGUGCUGUAGUAACCAAGGGCUCCUUCUCCUCUUCUAGGCACCGCACUGGGCCAUUUGAAGUGGAGAGUGCACUAAUUGAACACCCGGCAGUUAUUGAAUCGGCUGUUGUCAGUAGUCCAGAUCCAAUCAGAGGAGAGGUGGUGAAAGCUUUUGUUGUCCUAUCUGCACCCUUUAAAUCAUCCAACCCAGAGAAAUUAACUCUGGAACUUCAGGAUCACGUGAAAAAAUCAACUGCACUCAAAUACCCAAGAAAGGUGGAAUUUGUUCAAGAACUCCCAAAGACUAUCACCAGAAAAAUCAAACGAAAUGUUUUAAGAGACCAAGAAUGGGGACGAACAUAACUUGAUAAGAAAACCAAGGCAUUGAGUAUUUACAUAGGUACUUUCUCUUAGUCCUUGCUUUUUUAUAACUCAGUGACCAGUUAAAAUGAGCCCUGGUGGUGCAGUGGUUAAAGCACUUGACUACUAAAUGAAAGGUCAGCAGUUUGAACCUACCAGCAGCUCCACGGCAGAAGGACAUGGCAGUCUACUUCCAUAAAGAUUACAGGCUUGGAAACACUAUGGGGCAGUUCUACUCUGUCCUAUAGGGUUGCUAUGAGUCGGUAUCGACUCGACAGCAACGGAUUUGGUUUUCUCUUAAAGUGCUGUUUCCUUCUGAUUGAAAAAUUCAACUGAGUUUUUGUUCUGUAUUUAGCCAAAGGGAGGAAGACUCUAAAAAUAUUUGGGAAGAAACUUGUAAUGACCAAACUGACAUAAGGGCAAGGGUUGCAUUGAUUUGUAGUGUUUCAAAUAGCAAGAAUCAAGUGAUUACUUGGAAAAGGAUAGUGGACAAUGAGUCUGUUUUUCACUUUUCUUGUGCCUGAUUAAUUUAAAAUAAAGACAAGAACUAUUCUAAGAGAAAUGGUCAAAAAGAGAAUUUCUUCUGCUUAACAUCUUUAUAUAUUACCAAUACUUUAAGGUGGAUUAAAAUAUUAACGCUACAAUUGAGAAUACAACUCAUUAAAAAGGCAGUAAGUGAGUUUGGUGAAAUUUCAAGUACUCCAUUACCGUACCUCAU